GCGUCAUUUCUGCUAUCGACCCAGAUACAAGUGACUGUCGGUGUAUCAACAUUUCAACCGUUACAACGACUCAAAAGACUCUUUGAAAUCAUUCAACAAAAUAUUUGGAUCCCCCCAAUCUUCAUUUACAAUUUAUACUUAUCCCAGGCUUUGCCUAGGCGUUCAUGCAACAUAACAUGUUCAAAACAGCCGCCACCAAGAUUGCUCAUAAUUCGACCAUCCCUUCGCUAGGCGGAAACAAGGAUCUCAGGCCUUUACAGGGCCUAAUUACGGCUGAAAAAUCAGUGCUCAUCUCGCUUCAAAGGCUGAGUGUGGAUUUUGGUAAAGCCGCUGAGGCGUUGCGUGUCUGGGGCUCUGGUGAAGGCGAAGAUUUACUCGAUACCCUAUCCGCAUCCACCAACAUUCUCACUCAAUUUGCUGCCGCUCUUUCCAAUUAUGCAUCGCAUGAACAUGCUAUCCGAGAUCACAUGAAAGGAAUUCGUUCUCGAGAAGAAGCUUUGGAUGAAUUGAAACGACGUCGAAAGGCACUCAUCAGCAAAGCUGAUACUGCGGAGAAGAAACUUUCCAAAAUGUCACCGGAGCAUAAAAACCUCGGUGUGCAAACGGAUACAUUGAACCGUUUGCGGGAUGAGAUUCGCUCGAUGGACUCUGAAAUCAUGUCAGAUGAAGCUUCGUUAGGCGACUACAAGCGUUCCAGAACCAAGGCUUGGAUGGGCCUCAAGUUUGGUGGACUGUUGGAGUGUUGUGAGAAGGGGACUAUUAUUGGCGAAUUUGGUCGUCUCGUCAUCAAUGAAAUCCCGGAAGAAACAACGCAGCCGGGAAUGGCUCGCCCAAUGUACAUGAAUCAUCAAAAAGUGAACUCGCUCAUCAGCGAUGCUACUCGCUGUGUUGACGAAGUUGCCUUUUCCACCGCUCCUGCUCCUGGCACUGCGCCUCCCGUACAUCAAGGUAUGGCCGAUUAUCUUGCACCACCACAGGGAUUGGGUACAGGUCAAUUUCUUGAUACAUCGGAUAUAACAGGCAACAUGGGCUCCAGCAUUCCUCCCUCCCCGACCUCUCUUAAUGCCUACCCAGAAGCAUCUCGCAGUGCGGAUGAUUUUGGUGUAGCUUCUAGAAACUCUCCCAUUGCGAGCAGGUUUUCUACAUUCCCAACUACGAGUGGUAACGGCGGUGCUGGGUUCUCGCUACGCGACGGCUCAUCAUAUCAUGCUGAAGAUGAUUCUUUUUCAUCUUCCAUUGCAGCCGCUUUGGACGCGCGAAAAUCAACCGAAGAGCCCGCACCGUCGUACGAGACACACCAAGUGCAUCUGACGCGGCCACCUGCUGGUGCUGCACCUCCUCUUAUGAUGCCAAGUCCUUGGGAAUUGCAAGAAAGUGCCUCACAAAAUACCAAUCAAAGGGCAGUCAGCGCAUACGGCGACGACGUUGGUCUGGCAUACAUGACUAAUCCCGAAGAGGAACCACAUCCUGAUCAUGGACUUGACCAUCAACGUAACACAAGCAAAGAAGUUCACUUUGGUCAAGUUCAAGAUAUUGCCAUAGAGUUGGACAACCGACAUGAGCAAGGAAAUAUCGAGAACUAUCAAGCUGACGGGAUUGCCCCUCCUGGCGAAGCUCGUUCCUCGCCUAAGCGUGUACCCCCUCCUUCGAUGAGCCCAGAAGAAGAAGAGCGUGCGUUAAAUGCAGAUGCUGCCAGAAAACUCAGUCGAGAAAUGGACUCUUUCAGUUUUGACCCUUCUUCCUCAGCUCUCUCUGCUAUUCCUCCCCCGAUAGUCCAACCUUCACAGGAACGAGGGGUAGAACGGCCUUCUUCCCUUACACCUGAAUUCGAGACUAACAAUCGAUCGACAUCUCCUUUGAUUCCACCUGUAGCUCCAUUCGCUCAGCAGCGUGGCGUUUCUCCUAGUCCUAUUGACAUUAAUUCGCAUCAUGAUGAUAUUGAAAAAACUUCUUCCCCCAUUCAUAAUUCCCCACCCAGGCUGACGAUAUCCGACCGUACAGCAUCAUCAAUAUCGAAUGGAUCCAGUUAUAGGACACCUCCUGAGUACCCUCGUUCAAUUGGCACCUCGCCUUUCGGUCAACGCUCUAACUCAUCUUUCUCCGGUAGUAUGCCAUCCUCUCCUGCUAUUGGUGCUCCGCGAACCAUAUCCGCUGCAGCAUUUCGACGGCCUGCUGGUGCUCCUGGUCGUACAACAAGUGCCGAUCUUGGCUCGGGAUCUGGGUUGAGUGGUAGCCAUCUAGCUGAUGUCAGUCCUCUGCAACCAAAAAAGCGAGGCCUUCCUAAUGCUCCAAGCUCCUCUUUGUCCCAUUCUAAUCCUUCUCUCCGACCAUAUGAGGCACAUAACCUCAAUGCAGGCAACCGUGUCUCGCAGGCAGGUUCAGAUGAUUAUGAUUAUAUCAGUGCAUACACAGAUGCACCCCAGGACACGGGAAGCCCCCAGAGAAAUGAUUAUGGGAGUCUCGGUCAGGUCAGAGUGACGAAUGACUUGAAUCCGUCAUCUCCUGGAACGCCUGUGGAGGGGCAACAUCCGAAUCGUCCAGGAUAUGGAGAGGGAAGAUUUGCAACGAACUUGGAGGGUGAAUUGAGGUAGUUGAUGAGUCAGGGAUGAAUCGGGAACGAAUAAGGAGGAAGGAGAACGGUUACGAUUGUCUUGUUUAUCUACGAAUCAAAUCAAUUCUGUAAUUUCUUAGGUGAUCACACGAGCGC